CGCAUAGUCUUUCAACUUAAAAAAUAUGGUGCUUCAUAAGGUUGUGCCGUUCACAAAGCAUCACGUUCGUGGCACAGCAAAUACAGGCAUGAGGAGUUUUGGUGCCUCGAUAACAACGUGCAUCACAUGCGUUUCAGCUUUUUCCGCUUGUAUCUGUAGUCGAGUAUAACCUGCCUUCAAUCGCUUUUCCUCUGACAGUAAUAACUGAAAUGGGCUGGCGCGAUGAAUGGCCCAUCACGGCUUUUAGCGAGCCAUACGAUGGCGAGUAUCUGCUGAAGCUGGCGAACGAGGGCAAGAGUCCAUCCAGACAGCAAUGGAGUGUUCAGAAACUCGUACAAGAAAUCGAGCAGGACCUUGAAGUGCGGAUUACUGACAUUCCCCUUGUCUCGAGAGGAUCCAACAACUUUAUGAGACUCAUAUCUCAGCUUGCAGCGAUGCGCACAGCUUUGUUUCGCUUCCAGGUGUCCAAGGAGUUCCACGCUAGAUUCAGACUCUUCAAAUCCAAGCCGCCUCACUUCGACUUGACUUCAGCCCCAACUGAGGAUUUCUGGUCGCAUGUCCUGGUGACCAAGAUCGAAGCAACAAUUGGAAACAUUAGUGACGUAAUUGGCUGGGAAGAUGAUCACAAAGUCACUGGGCCUCCUCUCCUCCGUGCGAUUCCUCUCAUCAUGCCCAUAGAGGAUGCAACAAACGACUUGUACCGCUGCGUUACGGAGCAUGGCGGUUUUGGUAUUCACAAUAUGACCAUCGAGGAGACAAGUCCGGACCACGUUGGUGUGACUUCUUUGUAUGACUGGGAGACAGGUUGUAUUGUUCCUGCCUUCUUGGCCGAUCCCGUGGUGCCAGUGAGUCAGGUCGACCUCACGCUCAGCAAUCCGGCAAGACAUGUGGUAGCUUGCAAGCCAUCGGACAACUCACCAGCUGAUCUUAAGACGUAUCGAACAUGGUCCGAUCACUAUUUUGAGCAGCUCUUUACGCAUGCACCUGUAUUUCAGAUUGCUAUCGAGCGCGGCUCGGCUGUCCGCAUCCUUUGGGUUGCGCUGAGAGAUUGCAGAGGUGAGGAGCCCGACAAUCUCUUCGGUGUUUUUGGCACGUGGGCUGAAAACCGUAUUGCGAAGCUGUCCGCUUGA